AUGAAUGACAACGACUCGGAGGACCAGAGAAGUGAACGACAUUUAAGUCCUCAACGAUUCGUAUCAUUGGAUGAGUUGAGCGAAAAGAGCGGAGUUUUGUAUUAUGCGAUCGAUGCCGACGACUACGAGGCGGAGGGAAAGUUGGCGACAAUCCGGGCCGAGAGGGGCUACACCUACUCGGACUCACUGGAGUGUUGCCCCGAAAAGCUGGACAACUAUUUGGAGAAAAUAAAGUCAUUCUUCACGNAUGCCGACGACUACGAGGCGGAGGGAAAGUUGGCGACAAUCCGGGCCGAGAGGGGCUACACCUACUCGGACUCACUGGAGUGUUGCCCCGAAAAGCUGGACAACUAUUUGGAGAAAAUAAAGUCAUUCUUCACGGAACACAUCCAUUCGGACGAAGAGAUCCGGUUCGUGCUGAACGGUUCCCCCAUAAAGCUACAGGCGCUAUUAAACUACAUAAAAGUGAUCCGUCUGUUUGUGGGCGAACCCGUUUGGACACCCAUUAACCGACCGGCGGACACACAUCCCGCGCGAGUCCAAUAUUUGGCUGAUUUGACAAAAGUUGCCUAA